AUGAAGAAUAUUGUCCUUCUCUUCUCAGCCACCGCAGCGCUCGCCGUUUCCCUCCCCAAGCGUCAGACCACUGGCCUCAACGCCAACUCGCGGCAAGCCUCUGGCCUCAACGCCAACUCGCGGCAAGCCUCUGGCCUCAACGCCAACUCGCGGCAAACCACCGGCCUCAACGCCAUCGCGCAAGCCGCCGGCCUCAAGUACCUCGGCUCCGCGACGGACAACCCCGAGCUGACGGACACGGACUACCUCGCGAUUCUGAGCGACUCUGAUGAGUUUGGGCAGCUCACGCCGGGGAAUAGUAUGAAGUGGGACGCCACGGAGCCCACGCAGGGACAGUUCUCGUUCGACAACGCGGACGCGAUCGUGGAGCUCGCGCAGAACAACAGUCAGCUCAUUCGAGGCCACACCUGUGUUUGGUACAGCCAGCUGCCUAGCUGGGUCUCGAACGGGUCGUGGGAUGCGGACUCGCUGAAUGAAGCCAUGACGACGCAUACCUCGACGGUGGUGGAUCAUUUCAGGGGAAAAAUCUGGGACGUUGUGAACGAGGCAUUCGAGGACGACGGCACCUUCCGCCAGAAUGUCUUCUACACGACCAUUGGCGAGGACUACAUCGCCAACGCGUUCAAGGCCGCCCGCGAGGCAGAUCCGGACGCGAAGCUUUACAUAAACGACUACAACAUCGAAGGCACGGGCGCCAAAGCCGACGCGCUCUACACCUUCGUCACCUCCCUCCUCAAUGCCUUCGUCCCCAUCGACGGCAUCGGCAUGCAGGCGCACCUUAUCGUCGGCUCAGUCCCCACCACCAUCCAGGAGAACAUCGCGCGCUUCACUGCUCUGGGCCUCGAGGUCGCGCUCACGGAGCUCGACAUACGCAUGCCGGUACCCGCGGCGGAGACGGAUCUGGAGCAGCAGAAGGCGGAUUAUGAAAGUGUUGUCGGCGCGUGUGCGGCGGUGGAUGGCUGCGUGGGGGUGACGGUCUGGGAUUAUACGGAUAAGUAUUCGUGGGUUCCGAGCGUGUUCGAUGGGUAUGGGGCGGCUUUGCCGUGGGAUGAGAACUUGGAAAAGAAGCCAGCUUACGACGGGAUCGUGAGCGGCUUGGGUGCAUAGGUAUUCUGUACAAUAUAGGUCUUGAUAGGGUCAAUAUACGCGCAACGAAAGGGACAUGGCUAUCGGCGACGUCGCCCCUUGGAUUGGUACUACUUGUAGAAUGGACCGAAUGACUGCUAACCAGCUGACGGUUCCACGAAGGCUUCGCAGUUCGCCAAAUGUGUUGUUCAGCGCCCGGC